AUGCCCGCGGUCGUCGAGAUCAUGGCAACAACACCGAAUUCACAGAGCGCUAUGGAUAGCGACAAGAAACGCAACAAGCUGGGAUAUCACCGAACUUCUGUCGCAUGUGUGCACUGCCGACGGCGGAAGAUCAGAUGCUUGGUAGCGCCUGACGAUGCGCAAGGACGAUGCGAAAACUGUAUCCGCUUGCGCAAAGAAUGCCAGUUCUUCCCAGUCGACCAACAACCCCCAGUGGAGAAGAAAUCCCGCCCAAAUUCAAGAUUGGAGACCAACCCACCCGAUCCCUCAGUCGCCACCCCACUCGCCUCGUCACCCACCACGUUGAACCCGGACUCGGUCGAUUCGUUUUACUCGUAUUCGCAGAUGCCGUUGGGGGCCUCGUCAGGGCCCGAAAUGGCUGCGUUUAAUCCGGCCUAUGCUGGUUCCCAAAUGGCCACUUUCCCAGAUCGGCCGAUGGGACAGGACGAGUUCGCUGGUCAUCCCGCGAUGGAGGGAGUUGGGGUAUGGAACGAGUAUACGGCGAUGCAAGACCCUCAAAUGAUGGCCACGAUGGGUAAGGGCCAAAUGAUGAAUCUGUCCCCCGAUGUCUGGAAUACGGGAUCCGUUCCCUCCAUCCCCUCUACGUCGCCCAUGGAGGCUCAAACACAGCCAAUGGCAGCUCCAUCCUACCCGAUGCAGACCCUUCAGCCGGACGGUACAGUCUGGCAAGUGCCGCCCCCAGGACCAACAAGGACAAUGAGCUUCCCCGGACAACCAGACAUGAAUGCUUCCUUCGCGAACCAGUACCAGCACCAGAUGCCCCCCCGAAUUGAAACGAAGAGUCACCACACCGGCUCACAACCUCUCUGCCUCGAGCAUUGGGUCCCAGAGCGCUCCCCCAGGCAUGGAGAUGCAAGCACCCCCCGGUUCAGUCCCGUAUGGAGCGCAGAGCGGGAUGGGCUAUUCCCCAUGGCCCAUGAGCAGCAUGCCCCCGGGCGUUGCGGUACCCUACCCAAUGUAUGCCGGGGCACCGCCUACGGCGACCCCAUGGGACAUCCAGGGGCCCCGGGACACUCAGGGCCGUAA